GCAGUGCGGUCACAGGGGUUGCCAGGUGAGAAAUGAAUGCUGAUAUAUUUGAUCUGAUUUGAAACGUCAUAGUCACAUUGUUCGUGCAACUAGAACACGGGUGUAGGCGUAAACACACGGAAUAAGCAAGCUCAAAUUGGACAUUGUGCUCUGCAGGUGAAUCGAAGUCCGGUGAGAAGUAGAAGGUCCUUCCAUCCGUCGUCGUGCCGCAACAAGACGUCGCCAUGACGUGCAAGGUGGAGAUUCUACCCAUCGUGCUUCUCAUCGCACUGCCCAUCUUCUGUUUCAUUACAUACGGCAUUGCAGUCAGCCUGGGCCACGUCAACGCCAGGUUCCCAUACAUUAGCGACACCGGGACCCACCCGCCCGAGAGCUGUGUGUUUGGCUUCCUGCAAGGGCUGUAUGCAUUUUUAAGCGUGAUAUGUGUGUAUAUCCGGUACUGCCACGUAGAACUGUGGUUCCGGGACAGCGGCAGGAAGAUUCUACACAGAACCAACAUUGUAGCUCUCAUCAUAGGGUUCAUCUCUGCUCUCGGAGUUUACCUCGUUGCGAAUUUUCAGGAAACUAACGUGCUCCCAGUUCACUUAGUUGGAGCCUUCCUAGCAUUCGUGGGGGGCAAUGUGUACUGCUGGAUCCAGACCAUUAUGACGUUUAGGAUGCGCGAGUUGCCCGGACACAGGGAUUGGAUGCGUCACUUCCGGCUCAUUCUCACCAUCAUCCACCUCAUCUCACUGUUACUGGUGGUCAUAGAGUCACAGAUGGCAGCUGCAGCUGAUGACGGCGGAACAACAUCAACAACAACAACAACAUCAACAGCAGCUGCAACAACGACAUCAACUAAAGCCACACCUGCACCACAUUUUGACAUCACACCGAAAUGGGAGCCAUCUUUUCCAGGCUACAGCCACCACGUCGCCUCCACCGCCAUGGAAUGGGUCCUGGCUAUUGUCACCGCCAUAUACUUCUGCACCUUCUUCACGGAGUUCAAACAUUUCAAGGUGUCAUUACUUUCGGUUCAUUAUUCGGCUGCUUUCGAGGUUAACAAUAUGAUUGAAGAAAAACAGAAUGGCGUUAUGACAGAGGUUAAGGUGUCUUCCAUCCAAGCGUGAGGCCUCUACCCAAGUUGUAUGAUCAAACGUAGCAAUGUCACACACUGAACAAACUACAGUGAAACUGAACGAUGUGAACAAAUAUUGUACAUGUAUGUCUGUGAUAGCAUCAACAAGUCAAAGUUUCAGAGGCAAUUGGAAAAAAUGCAAGGAUUCCUCACUUUCUUUUCCGUGAAAAGCGUAAAAUGAUAUCAUGUCGUUUAAUUUUUUACUCAUUAAUUAAUUAAAUCAAUAUCGAUUUAAUCAUUAAACAUGGACUGAGCGUCUUAAGUGAAUGGGACAUACAAGAUGCAAUUCGACAAACGGCUCUUAGCUGUGACAGGAUCUGCUGAUUGUGUUUCGGAAGCCUUGCUUCGCUCCGGUUGUGGUCCUUGUUUUGUUAACACAUAGCCAAUAGGUUAAAAAAAAACAAAGCCACGUAUUUCAGUUGUGUACACGAAUGAUGGUUAUAUUAACAGCCAUUAAAGUCCUCAUAUGGAAUAGAGAUAAUGGGAAUUAAAUACAUAGAUCAUUAUAUUGGCACAGAGAACAAGUGCAGGUAGCUGUAAAUUGAAAAUUGGAAUUUUGAAUGAAACGAAGUAUCAUAAUAAUAUAUGUUCUUCAGCUCGACUAAACACCAGUUUAAAUCAUUGAAGAACAUGAGGGUUUGUGUUUUAUGCAUGUACAUAUACGUCUCUAAAAUAUAAUAUGAAAAGUUUAUCUACAGUGACUAUUAUUUACUUACAUUUUAAAAUGAAAUUUUGCAUCACAAAUGGAGAAUUUUUGUGUGCUUUCAUUUGGAUGGUUGAAAAGGUGGUAAUUCGUAUAUUUUAUUCUGUUACUUGUUUGAAUUACAAAAGUUGACUCCCACUUUUCAUUGAUACGAAUACGACCAAAGAGCAAAGAAAUCCAACCAAGUCAGCUUGCUGUGCGAACAUGUACCACAUAUUCAUGAUCAACAUCAGUGUACGUACAAUCGAUAAUUCGCUUCAGUCAAGCAUUGUUUUGUGCCUCAUGUUUUUUACCUUACGAAUUGUUACAUUAUACUGGCAUGAAUAAAGUAAUAUAUUCUUGUA